AUGUUUCCAACAGCUCUUCCUACUCGAAAGCGUCGGAGGCCUGAAGUCGCCUCUGUUAGGGGUCGCGAUGAGGUGAAGUUCAGGGAUGUGACUCUGUUCCUGGUGGAGAAGAGGAUGGGAAAAAGCAGGAGGAAUUUUCUGUCUAAUCUCGCCAGAUCUAAGGGCUUCUGCGUAGAUGACGCUCUCAGCGCUGACGUGACACACGUCGUGUCGGAGGGGAACGCAGCGCAGGAGCUCUGGAGCUGGCUCGAGGAGCAGGGUUUCAGAGAGAUGCAGGACAAACACGUGCUGCACAUCAGCUGGUUUACUGAGAGCAUGAGCGCCGGCCGGCCCGUGCCUUUCGAAAUCAGACAUUACAUUCAAAAUCCCGCCGUGGAUCAGAGGUCAUGUGCGAAUCCGUCAGCCGAACCUGAGUCUGCGUUAUCUCCAUAUGCUUGCCAGAGACGAACGACGAUGGAUAACCACAAUAAGAUCUUUACAGAUGCGUUGGAGGUGCUGGCGGAGAACCUGGAGUUCGGUGGGAAUCAGGGCCCAAGCCUGGCGUUCAGAAGAGCGGCGUCUGUGCUCAAGAGCCUCCCCGCUGCCCUGAGACACCUGCAGGAGACACAGCAUCUGCCCUGCCUCGGAGAACAUAGCAGGGCCAUCAUAGAGGAGAUCUUUGAAUGCGGCUCUUCCUCCAGAGUUGAGGAGAUACUGAAUGAUGAGAGGUAUCGGACUAUGAAGUUGUUCAGCAGUGUCUUCGGGGUCGGACCCAAAACGUCCGAGAGCUGGUUCUGUAGAGGACUGCGGUCGUUUGAACAGGUGCUGAGCGAACCCAGCAUCAGACUGAACCGCAUGCAGACCGCAGGGUUCUUGUUUUAUGAGGACAUCAGUAAGCCGGUGAGCAGGAGAGAGGCCAGCGCUCUGAAGAUUAUAGUGGAGGAAGCUGUUAUCAGUAUCAACCCAUCCGCCACCGUCAGCAUUACAGGAGGAUUUCGCAGGGGGAAGGAGUUUGGUCACGAUGUGGACUUCAUUAUUAAAACACCUGAGGCCGGACAAGAGGAUGUGAUUCUGACCGCGGUGAUCGAGCGAUUCAAAAGCCAGAACAUCCUGCUGUACUCAGACUUCCAGGAGUCGACCUUUGACCUGCGGCAGCUGCCGACUCACUGCUUUGAGGCCAUGGAUCAUUACAGCAAGUGUUUCCUGAUCAUAAAGCUGAAGCGUGAGCAGGAGACGGAUGCAAGAGCAGGAAGGGACUGGAAAGCCGUGCGUGUGGAUCUGGUGGCUCCACCGCUGGAGCGCUUCGCUUAUGCUCUGCUCGGAUGGACAGGAUCCACGCUGUUUGAAAGAGACCUGAGACGAUUUGCCAGACUGGAGCGAGGAAAACUGCUGGAUAAUCACACGCUGUACGACAAAAAAACGAACACCUUCUUGCCUGCUAACACGGAAGAGGACAUCUUUGCCCACCUGGGUUUAGAGUAUAUCGAACCUUGGCAAAGAAAUGCCUAGUUUCAGUCUCUGCUCUGUGAAGCCUGCUGAUGUUCUGGACAGAUUCAACACCCUCGACAUGACGCUGAUGCAGAUUCACACCGAAAUACCAACAGUCUGAUUUCACCAGCCAGCGUGAGCAUUAUUAAUAGUUCAUGGAGUUCUGUUUUCUUUUUCAAAUACACAUACAGUGACACUUCAACAUGUCUAAAUGUCCAUACAUCAGCUACUGAUUUGAAGGAAAGAUGCACAAGCAUACAAAAAAUGUGUAAUUUCUGUAGUGCAA